UACAGCCUGAUAAAAAUACAAAUAUAAUACAAGAUAAAACACUAAAUUAAAAAACUUAUUUAAAUAGGCCAAAAUUUAAAAUUACAAUUAAAAUGAUAAAAACCCCAUUAAAAUUAAAUUUAAAACUAAAAUUCUAGUCCAGUCCUGCACAGAUAAAUAGAUGUGUUUUAAGCUCGCGGCGGAAGGUUCGAAGGUCAGGAAGCUGGCGGAGUCCUGGGGGAAGUUCAUUCCAGAGGGUGGGAGCCCCCACAGAGAAGGCCCUUCCCCUGGGUGUCGCCAGUCGACUGACUGGCGUUGACUACAGUUGACUGUAUUUGCCAGCAAUUUAUUCUUGCUACAGAUAUCAGCCCUGGCAACGAACCUGCAAUUGCCUGCCAAGUCCUCCUUAUCUCUUCAAUGCUACUGCGGUCUGUUGCUGGAGCAACCCAGAGUUCAGAAGUAAACAGAAGUCUGAAAAGCCAAUUCCUGAGUCUCGCAAUAAAGCAGCCGAAGUUUCCAAAAGUCAGGUUUUGUCCGUCACGGAGCCCAAAGGCAGCUCCACCCACUUUUAUACCCUGUGGGGUGUGGCUCCGUGACUCAGCACUCCCCGGGCCGGCCCCUUCCUUUCUUUUGCUGCACACGCUUCACUCGGCGUCGCUGCCUUGCAUCUAGCCAUGAUUGAUCCUCCUCAGCUGGCUCUUGGGGCGUUGCCAGGGGGAAGGAGGGGUCAGGGGAAAGAGGCCACGUCAGCUCCUCCUCCUCCACCUGGCUUGCCUCUGGAAUCUGGAGCGGAGCCAGAGAGGAAGUUUCUGCAGAGGGAAGCCCUGUCGACUCUUCCCCCUCACUCUCCGAGUCACUCUCUGCCAGGAAGCCCGGCUCGGGGCCCGCAGACACAACACACCCUUACUGGGCUCUUUACAUCUAAAUUCUUUAAAAUGGAGCAUUAGUCAUAAAAGUUCAGUGGAACAGGUUUAUCUUCAGGCAAUGGAAGAGUCAUCCCCCGGGAAUGUUCCCAUCAGCCAGAUGACCAAGCUUUCCUUGGCGUCUCCACAAAAAUGAAAAGGAAUAUUUAUUAUUCAGAGUGAGAAUUUCAACACAUGUAUUACGGCUGAAACUUCCGAGCUCAUCCUUGAAAACUGCAAUCAAGUUUCUAAGUGCAUGUUGUGGAAAUGGGGCUCUAAACAGCAGCUUUUCAACAUACACACAAGCACCUGCCUUGGACUCAACUUCAGUAACCCGGAGCCAUCACUAGUAAUGACACAAUGUGACUCCCCUCAGUAUUUGCUGCAGUGGCAAUGUCAUGGAAAGGCACUUAUUGGGGCAUCACAGUACAAAUUAGCAGUUGAAAAUAGCAAAUUUAUUGUAGUUAAAAAAAAUUCCAUCUAUGGAUGGAAACAGUUCAUGUCUCAUGAUGACCUUUGUGAACAUGCAUUUGAAGAAAUGUAUACCCUGUUGGGAAAUUCUCUUGGUUUGCCUUGUGUUUUUCCAUUUAAAUACAACAAUAAAUGGCACUAUGAAUGUAUCAGAGAUUUCAGAGAAGAUGGAUAUCCUUGGUGUGCCACAACAAGCCACUAUGAACAAGAUGAAAAAUGGGGAUUGUGCCCAAAUUCUGGGUCUGGCUGUGAUAUUUUUUGGAAGAUAAAUGCAGAUACUCAGAUUUGUUACCAGAUCAAUCUUCUUUCUGUUCUCUCCUGGAAUGAGGCACAUGUUGCAUGUCAGGGACAAGGAGCAGAUCUGUUAAGUAUCAUAGAUAUGAGAGAACAGAAGUAUAUUGGUGAUCUAAUUGAGCAACUGAACACAAAAGAAGCUAUGGUAUGGACAGGCUUAAAUCAACUGGAUGAAACUGCUGGCUGGCAGUGGUCAGAUGGUGCACCUCUGGCUUUGGUGAACUGGCAAAUGGAUUCCAUUGACAGUUCUCUAGGACCACCUCGUUGUAAAGCUUUUAACUUAAAAAUACAAAAUGAUUGGCCAAGUUACCCAUGUGAAUCUGGACUACCAUACGUAUGCAAAAAAUACUUAAAUGCUGCUGACCAUGAAGCAUUUGAUUCCUGGAAAUUUCAUCCUACUGACUGUGACAGUAAUUGGUAUCCAUAUAAUAAUUACUGCUAUAAACUUCAUAAAGAAGAAAGGAACUGGAAUGAAGCAUUUUUCUCCUGCCAGGAUGAUAAUAGCACACUCAUUAGCAUAACCUCUUUGGCUGAGAUAGAGAUGCUUAUUAACCUCCUUGAAUACGAAAAUGUGACAGACACUUGGAUUGGACUAAACUGUAAUAAGACUCCUAUUGAGUUUGAAUGGUCUGAUGGAUCUGCUAUAAUCUUCACCUACUGGAAUAAAGAAGAACCAAAUAUUCUUCAGAAGAAAGGACAAGUUUGUGUUUUGGCUCAGCAACAUGAAGGACGCUGGAAAGUGAAAAAUUGUAAAAGCAGAUAUUUUUAUAUUUGUAAAAGAAGAGGGAAUAUAGGCAAUCAUGUUUCUAAAGUGGAAUCAGGCUGUCCAGAGGGAUGGGAAAGACAUGGUGGAUAUUGCUACAAGAUUGAUACAAUCCCUCGAAGCUUUGAACAUGCAUCCAGUGGCUAUUACUGUCCUUCACUUGCAACCAUAACAAGCAGGUUUGAACAAGGUUUCCUGAACAGUAUGAUUCAUCAACAAGAGAAAACUGACAGUCCUUAUUUUUGGAUAGCACUUCAAGAUCUAAACAAUACAGGAGAAUAUAUUUGGCUCACUGAAGAUGGAAAACAUCAUCUUGAGAUCUACAGAAACUGGAGAAAGUAUCAACCCAGAUAUCCUGGAGGAUGCGUUGUUAUGCGACAGGAAGAACCCAUUGGCAUGUGGGAAGUGAAAAAUUGUACAACCUUCAUGGCUAAAUCACUGUGUAAACGAGAUGCUAAUUUUGGUGAAAAAAGUGAUACCAACAAGCAACCAAAUUAUGAUAAAAGUUUUAAUUCUUGCAUGCAUGGAUGGGAAUCAGACCAUUAUCUGCUGAACUGCUAUAAGGUAUUCCAUAGUGAAAAAGUAUUAAUGAAAAGAACUUGGGAGGAAGCAGAAACUCUAUGUCAAGAUUUUGGAGCACAUCUUGCCAGUUUUAAACAAGUCCUUGAAGAGGAUUUUUUAAACAAACUUCUAAACACAAUGUUUCAUACAGAUGAUGAAAGACAAUUCUGGAUUGGAUUUAACAAAAGGAAUCCAUUAUCUGGAGGAACCUGGGAAUGGUCUGAUGGAACUCCUGUUUCAUCUGCCUUUUUAGAAGAAGCUUCUAUUGAAGAUAAUGUGAAAAACUGUGCAGCAUAUAAAGCUAAUGGGGCUAUUUUGCCACUGCGCUGCAAUUCAGAACGUGAAUGGAUAUGUAAACUACCAAAAGGUGUAAAACCCAAGACUCCACAAUGGUAUAUUAAUGAGUUACCAUGGUUUUAUUAUCAAGGAGCAGAAUACCUUUUCUAUGACAGCCCCUCAAACUGGGACAGUUUUCAGUUUGUGUGUGGUUGGCUCCGUGGAGAUAUAGCAACCAUACAGUCCUCUCAAGAACAAGAAUUUAUCCAAAACAGAAUAAAAAAGAUUUCAAAAAAAAGUAGCAAUUGGUGGAUUGCAUUGCGUUCAGAAUCACCCAGUGAAGAAUUUCGGUGGACAGAUGGAUCACCAUUAUUGUAUCAGAACUGGGCAGGAGAUAAAGAGAGACCAAAGUCAGCACAAGGGCAAACAUGUGCUUUCAUUUCUUCCCAGACAGGAGAGUGGGGCUUCGCAAAUUGUACCAUUUCUCUUCCUUGUGUCUGCAAGCGUAAAAAUGUACAAAUUACCGAGAGAGAAAUUUUGAAAGAAGAAUAUCAAGGAACGUGUCCUAAAGGAUGGCUGUACUUUGGAUUCAAGUGUUUCCUGCUGCAGAUUCCAAAGGAUCCAGCCCAUUUAAAAAGUUGGUAUUCUGCUCAAAAAACUUGCAGCUACUAUGAUGCAUCACUGGUAUCCGUUGAAAAUGAAGUUGAACAAGCUUUCAUUGCAAUGAACUUAUUUGGACAUAAAUCUAAUGUCUGGAUUGGUCUGCAGAGUGAUAAUUAUGAAAAAUGGCUUAAUGGACAAGAAGUAGAAUAUGCCAACUGGUCUCCAGCACAAAAUCAUUACAUUGCUGAUACUGAAAAAAAAGUUGUCCUAUGUACUUCAAUACUAAAUAAUCCAAGUUUCAGUUUAAUGGGAAAGUGGUACCUUGAAAACUGUGAGAAUAAAAAUGGGUUUGUCUGCCAGAAAGCUCAAGAUACUUCUAGACAUAUCAUUGAUCCUUCGGUGAUGUAUCCAAUCCCUGAUACUUUAGAAUAUGCAAAUAGGACAUAUACAUUGAUCAAUGGCAGUAUGACUUGGUACAUGGCUUCACAAAUGUGCAAAAAGAUUGGGGCUGAAUUGGUCAGCAUUACAGACUACUACCACCAAGCUUUCCUUACCGUAAUGAUCAAUCGAGUGGGUUACGCUCACUGGAUUGGAUUGUUCACUUCAGAUAAUGGUCUCCACUUUGAGUGGUCAGAUGGCACCAGGCCUUUUUUUACAUUUUGGGGAGAAGAGGAAACGCGAAGUCCGGGACACUGUGUUUACAUUGAUAUUAAUGGACAUUGGGAAAACACUGACUGUGAAGAGCUUUUGAAGGGUGCAAUUUGCCAUAUUCCACCAAAGAAAAAAUCAAUGGAAAAUAAGGAAUUGUGUGAUGAAAAGACCGUGCCUUGGAUAAGAUUUAAUAGCAGUUGCUACAGCUUUUCCACUGUUUUUGAGAAUCUGAACUUUUACGAAGCAUUGGAGUUUUGCAAAAGGCAAGAUUCUAAUCUUCUAACAAUCCAAGGCAGAGAUGAAAAUAUUUUUCUUUUAGAAGAACUACAUUAUGUUGGCUCUUUGGUUGAAAUGAUUUGGUUGAAUACUCACUUCCUUAUGGAUAAUGCUACGCUAAUAUCGUUUGAUGGCUCUCCAGUUCAGUAUUCAAACUGGGACACUGAGGAGACUGAGGUGGGUCAAUGGACAGGAAACAGCUGCAUUGUCUUGACAACUGCAGAUGGCAUCUGGAAGUUAGUACCCUGUCAUGAGAAAAAAGGAUUUGUAUGUAAAACCAGCACAGAUUCUCAUGAGACUGUAGUAUCACCAGUGAAAGUAUCAUAUCAUAGAAUAUUCAUCCUGGUGAUAUUAUCUGCAUUGCUGAUAGCUGUUAGUGCUAUAGUGACGUGUUUAUGGUGUUCAUCAAGGCCCAGUCAGGCAUCUGGAACCAUCAUGUGCAUCAGAAAUGCCUGCCUUGCAGAAGCUCACUCUGAAGUUCCUGUUGCCGAAGAAAGCAUUCUCAUUUCCUGCCUGGAGAGGAAUGAUGUUCUUUAAUGCAACCUCAUUCAUUUAAUCUAACUUAAUGCUGCUGCAAAUGGGUGCCUAUCUUUGUAAACAAGAAUAAUUUCAUGAACUGAUUACAUCAUGUGGUUACACUUAAGCAUUUUAUUCCCUCUAAAUUUAAGAUAGUCCCAUUUUUAUUUUUUUUUUGAAUGGAACAAACUCUGCAAUAAUACUCAGUAAAACCCACCUGAAGGCAGGACAAGAAGCAAUGGAUAGAAACUAAUCAAAGAGAGAUCCAACCUAGAACUAAGGAGGAAUUUCCUGACGGAACAACAGGGGUGAAAUCCAGCAGGUUCUGACAGGUUUUGGAGAACCAGUAGCGGAAAUUUUAAGUAGUUCAGAGAACCAGCAAGUACCACCUCUGACUGGCCCCAGAGUGGGAUGGGAAUGGAGAUUUUGCAAUAUACUUCCCCCAGGAGUGGGGAGGGAAUGGGGAUUUUGCAGUAUCUUUCCCCUGCCAUGCCCACCAAGGCACACCACACCUACUAAGCCACGCCCACAGAACCGGUAGUAAAAAAAAAAAGCCCUUCAGUUGUACAGAGAAAAAUACUGUAUGUGGCAGACAUAUAUUUGCAACUCGGAGAGCAUAAUUGAGCUUGCCAGAUGGUGAAAGAAAACACUUGAGUAGAUUGUCACAUGGAAUUAAAGUUCCAUGCUUUUAGUCCGCUAAGAGUUAGUUCUGCAGCGAACUAAUGCUUAGUCAGGGAAGGAAGUUUGCAUUUGCUUUUGCAGAGCACAUUUUUAAGGGUAACUUUUACCGUAGUAACUGACAUUGUUUUUUUAAAAAAAUAGAAUAAGUUCUUCAGGAUUUAGUGACUGGAAGAAAAUCCCAGUCAACUCGGAGGUAUUUUCUUUUGAAUAGAUAUUUAUAGGCUUACACUAUGAUCGGGGCCACAUUACAUCUCCCAUUCUUGUGACUUUGAAAUGUAUUUGGUUGGGAAAAUAUAACAUUAGAAUUACAAGGAUGAACUAUGAAACCAAAUCAGACAACGCUAAAAUGCCAAAGAGUAAUGAUAAUACAAUAAUGAUGGGCAUCAAAUAUAAUCUACUGAAAUGCAUAAUUUAAUAUUUUUAUGGAGAAGCAAUUUUACUGUAUAUAUGUAUGUGUAACAAAGGCUGAAUUUAUGUUCUUAGCUGAGUUAGUCAAGCUUUUAAGGAAAUGGUUAAAACAGAAGAACAUUUUGUGCACAUAUAGAUCUUUAAUCUCCUUAGCAUGUACCAUAGUGUUUAUUUUCUUUAUGCACAAUUUUGGGAUUUUUAGAAUUCAGUGAAAACUGGUACUUUUAUAUUUUAUAAUUAAUUUUGUUUUCACCUUGUUCUUAUUUGCAUUACGAAAUGACAUCUUUUCCUCUAUUUUUUCUUAUGUUACCAACUGAAAAUACUUUUAAAUCAGAUCUAUGCCGUUAAUGAUACUGUAUGCAAGCUGUUUUAUUUACCCCUUCAUACCUAAAGUACUCUUUUAAAAAAGGACUGUUCUGUGUUCAAUAAAA